AUGCUCGUGGGCACGCCCGAGGCCCAGCUCCUCGUCGAGCCGGCCGAGCGGCCCGAGGUCUUCGACGACACCGCGGACCCCUCGGAGGCCCGGACGUCCCUGAGCGCCUGGGAGUGGCAGCGGCGCAGCCGCGGCGAGCUCGACGACCUCGGCGCGGCGACGGGCCGGCCCUGGCGCCUCGUCUUCGCCGACGCGUUCGACCGCGACGGCCCGCCGGACCCCGCGCGGUGGGAGCACCAGACGGACUGCAACGCCUGGGUGAACAACGCGGUCCACGCGGAGCGGCAGCACUACACGGACGCGUCGCGCGACAACGCCCGCGUGGCCGGCGGGCGCCUCUUGAUCCGCGCGGCGAAGGAAGCGAGCGGCGGCCAGGCCUACUCGUCCGCGCGGCUCACGACGCGGUCCGCGGCCAACGGCCGCUGGCGCUACGGCCGCGUCGAGGUCUGCGCGCGGCUCACGCCGGGGAAGCGCGGCCUCUGGCCCGCGAUCUGGCUCAUGCCCUCGGCCUCGAAAUUCGGCAAGUGGCCCAAGUCCGGCGAGAUCGACGUCAUGGAGAACGUCGGCUACGAGCCGGGCGUCAUCCGCGCGUCGGUCCACACGGAGCACAACCACAGACGACGCGGCAACCACAACCGCCGCGUCGCGGGCGUCCGCGACUGCCACGACGACUUUCACGUCUACGCCGUCGAGUGGACGGCGGAGCGCCUCGACUUCUUCGUCGACGACCGCAAGUUCUACACGUACGCCAACGAGCACAAGGGCCACGAGCAGUGGCCCUUCGACGAGCCCUUCCACCUCAUCCUCAACGUCGCCGUCGGCGGCUCCUGGGGCGGCCGCCGCGGCAUCGCAGACGACGCCUGCCCGGCGGAGAUGGCCGUCGCCUACGUCAAGGUCUUCCAGCGCGCCGAGGACGCGGGCGACUAA